AUGGUUCUGGAACAUGGCUUUGCGGCCCGCUCCCGGAUCCUGGGAGCCCCCAGCAGCUACCUGGCGCUCCUGCUGCUCCUGUCUCUGCACGCCACCCAGGUGGUCCAGUCCGACAUCGAGUUCCCCCGGGACCGCCACUUCUCAUGGCGAGAAGGUCAGUGGGGUCACUGCACGGGCGAGGAGUGCGGCUCCGGCGGGCUCCAGACCCGGACGCUGUGGUGCGUCCACACCGAAGGCUGGACCACCCACCACUCCCACUGCCCGCAGGCGGACAAGCCCGCGAGCCGGCGGCCCUGCUUCAAGGUGUGCGAGUGGCACCAGGACCUCUUCGAGUGGGAGGUGUCUCCCUGGGGCGGCUGCUUCCUGGUGCCCUUCCUCGCCAACGAGCUGAGGCCCCGCCCCUCGGAGUGCGUGACGGCGCAGCACGGCGUCCAACGCCGCUCGGUUCGCUGCGUGCGCACGGCCAACCGCACGGCCGUGGCCACGCGGAUCUGCGAGUUCUUCUCCGGGAGGCCGUGGGCGGAGCAGGCCUGCCUGAUCCCGUGCCCCCAGGACUGCGUGGUGUCGGCGUUCACGGCCUGGUCGGGCUGCAGCAGGACCUGCGGCGCCGGCCUGCAGCACCGCACCCGGCACGUCCUGGCCACGCCCGUGUUCGGCGGGGCGCACUGCCCCAACCUCACCCAGACCCGGACUUGCUCCCACCCGAUCCCCUGCCCGUCGGGGGCCAGCGAGCACCGCUACAGCCUCAAGGUGGGCUCCUGGAGCGAGUGCCGGCUGCCCCACCACAAGGACCUGGGGUCGCUCGGAGGCAAGACCGCGGUGGACUACAGCGCCACCGCUGCCACCCCCGUGGAGAAGAACCUAGUGAAGCGGCACGCGCAGGACUCCCUGCUCACCCACCUCCCCCACCCCCACCACCAACACCACCACAGCCAGAACCUCCACGGUCAGCACCACCACCUCCACCGCCUCCACCGCCUCGACACACAGCCCCAUCCCUUCAGCGGCCGCAUGUCCUGGGAGCUGGAGGUGGGAUAUCAGACGCGGCAGGUCCGCUGCACGCGGAGCGAUGGCAAGAACUCCAUGCUGAGUCUUUGUACCCAGGACGACUCCCCUUUGACCUUCCAGUCCUGUGUGAUGCCCAAGGACUGCGAGACGUCUGAUUGGUCCUCGUGGAGCCCCUGCUCCAAGACCUGCCGCUCCUCUGACCUGUCGCCCGGGUACCGGGUCCGGGCGCGGACGAUGGCGCAGAUUCCCAUUGGUGGAGGGAGAGAAUGCCCCACCCUUGAGGAAAAGGAAGCCUGCAACAUCAUCGGAGACCUGCUACCAAACUGCCCCAGGUUCGUGUGGAGGACCACCGACUGGGGCCUGUGUCGCGUGAGCCCCCUGCUGGGCCCUCAUGACCGGCGUGCGGGGAACACCAGCGUCCUCUGUGGAGGCGGGAUCCACACCAGGGAGGUCUACUGCGUCCAGGUCCCCGACCCGUCAGCCCCCCAUCACAGGAAGGAGGUGUCACGGCCCGUGAGCGCGGGGCUGUGUGCGGGGGAGGAGCCUCCCUCUGUGGUCCAGCUCUGCUCGCUGCCCUGCCCCCAGCCGUGCCUGCUGUCCCCCUGGUCCGCCUGGGAAGCCUGCCUGCCUGACAGCUGCCUGCAGCCCCAGGAGUCCCAGUUGAAGAAAGGCUUCAGACACCGCAGGCGCCAGGUGCUGUGGGAGCCGGCGGACCUGCCCUCCAAGGCCUGCCCCCACCUGCUGGAGUCGGCCCAGUGCGAGGAACCCUCCUGCUACCUGUGGCGGGUGCGGCCCCUCGAGGACUGCGUGCCCGGCGAAAGCGCCUGCGGACCGGGCACCGCCCGCCGGAACGUGACCUGCGUCGACACCGAAGGCGCCGAGGUGCCGGAGACCCGGUGUGCAGGGGAGCCUCCCCCGGCCUCCCUGCCGUGCGAGGUGCCGUGCCCCGGGGACUGCGUGGUCGCCCCCUGGGGCCCCUGGACCAGCUGCUCCCACCCCUGUGGCCCCCAGCGCCUGGACGGCCGCCAGACCCGCACCCGCUCCGUGGUGGCCCUCCCCGGGCAGGGCGGCAGAGGGUGUCCAGGAGGCCCCGCCCUGGAGGAGUGGCGGCCUUGCAGCGAUCACCCGUGCGCGCCCGUCUUCUGGCACGCCCGGUCGUGGGGCCCCUGCGUGGAGGACUCGGGGGUCAAUGCCAUCAACGGCACCGGCUUCUGGAACGCGACCCCCGACUGCACGGAGGGCGUCCAGAUCCGCGCGGUGGACUGCGUGAAGGCCGGCACCGGGCACGUCGUCAGCAAACGGUGUCCGGACUCCGCUCGGCCAGAUACCCUGCGACUGUGUGUGCUGCCCUGUAGGAGAGACUGCGUCGUGACGCCCUUCAGCGAAUGGACAGCCUGCCCCACCCACUGCACACAAGCGAACACCACGGCGGCCACGCAGUCCCGAUACCGGACAGUGAUCCGGAGAGCGGCCCACGGCGGGCAGGAGUGUCCGGACACACUCUACGAAGAGAGAGAAUGUGAAUCUCUUCCCUUGUGUCCAGUCUACAGGUGGAAGACGAGCAAGUGGCACAGCUGCACGCUGGUUCCCGGUUCCGUUCGGCAAGGCGUGGCCGCCCCUGGGGAACCGUGUGGAAACGGUCUGGAGACGAGAGGGCUCAGCUGCAGCAGCGAGGAGGAGGAGGAGGCGGUGCCGGUCGCGGCGUGCCUGCGGUGGGCGGGGCCGGCGCCGCCCCAGGUCCGGGAGUGUCGCGUGGCCUGCCGGGACGACUGCGUCCUGACCGCCUGGUCCAAGUUCUCCGACUGCUCCGGCUGCGGCGGCUCCCGGACUCGCCGUCGGUCCCCCUCAGGCCGGAGCAAGAAGAAGGACCGCUGCCUGAAGGAGACGGCGUUCCCGCUGGCGGAGACGGAGGACUGCCCUUGCGACGACUUCCUGUCCCAGCCGCACGGCAACUGGUCGGCCUGCGUGCUGCCGGUCCCCGCGGCCCCGCCCGGGGCCCUGCGGGGCUGGGGCCGGUACCACCGGAGGAAGGAGUGCGGCCCCGGACUCCGCUUCAAGGCCCUGGCCUGCGUGGACCGCAGCGGGCGCCUGGUGGACCCCACGCUCUGCACACACUCAGGCUACGAGACGGAGGUGUGCCACGUCCCCUGCCCCCUGGACUGCAAGCUGAGCGCCUGGACGGCGUGGACGGCCUGCAGCGCCCCCUGUGGCGGGGGCCUGAAGACCAGGUCCAAGUGGCUCCGCGAGAAGGCCUUCAACGGCGGCCGGCCCUGCCCCAAGCUAGACAUGAAGAACCAGGCCCAGGUGUACGAGGCGUUGCCGUGCCACGGCGAGUGCGGCCGCCACGUGUGGCGUGCUGAGCCCUGGUCCAUGUGCAACAUCAACGCCGUCGACGCGCAGCCUUCCUGCGGAGAGGGGGCACAGAGCCGCAAGAUCAGGUGUGUGUUGAGGGCAGCGGGAGAGGGCGGGGAGGCGACCAGCGUGGAGGACUCCCUCUGCGACCAGGAGGAGGUCCCGGCAGCGGCCAGGGUCUGCGUGCUGCCCUGUCCCGGGGACUGCGUGGUCGCACCCUGGGGAGCCUGGAGCCACUGCCCCCCGUCCUGUGACCAGGGCGCGGCGAACCGGACCAGAAGCAGACAAGUCCUGAGACUCCCGGCCUCCGCUGCCUCGCUGUGCCCAGAGCUGGUCCAGUCUGAGCCCUGCCUCACCAACACCACCUGCUUCCUGUACCAGUACAGAGCCACAGGCUGGAGCACCUGCCAGCUGAGUGGCCACGCCGUGUGUGGGCGGGGCUUCCGCACGCGCCUGCUGGACUGUCUCCGCAGCGACGGGAAGCUGUUCGAGGCCGGCGUGUGCCAACAGCUCGGCCUCCCAAACGAGUGGAAGCUGUCCGAGAGCUGCGAGGUUUCCUGCCCCGUCAGCUGCCUCCUCUCCGAUUGGUCGCCCUGGACGGAAUGUUCGCACAGCUGCGGCAACGAAGGUCAGACCACGCGCUCCAGGAGGGUCCUCCAUCCGGCUGAGGAGGAGGGGCGUCCGUGUCCGGGCCAGCUCCUCCAGACCAGGUCCUGUCCCAUCAGGCCGUGCUACUCCUGGCUGCUCAGCCCCUGGUCCCAGUGCACCGUGGAGGGAGCGGACUGCGGCGAGGGGAUGAGGAGGCGGAGCCUGUCGUGCGUGGUGCAGUGGGCCACCGGCUCCUCCACCCUCUCCACCCAGCCGGUGGCCGACCGUCUGUGUGGAGACAGGGUGCAGCGCCACAGCCAGCAGGAGAUGGAGCUGCCUUGCUUCGUGCCCUGCCCAGGAGACUGUCAUCUGACGGAGUGGUCGUCAUGGAGCUCCUGUCAGCUGACCUGCCUGGAGGGGCGGAGCUUCGAGACCACUGGGCGUCAGGCUCGCUCCCGGGCCGUCAUCAUCCAGGUUCUGGAGAACCAGGACAGCUGCCCCCGACAGGUGUUCCAGACCCAGCCCUGCACAGGGGGGCGGUGCUACGACUUCCACUGGCGGACGGGCGGCUGGAGGGACAACGCCAGGGAGGUGUGGUGCCAGCGCUCCGACGGCCUCAACGUCACAGGGGGGUGCUUCUCUCAGAACAGCCCAACCACGGUGCGCUACUGUCACCCUCCGUGCACCAAACCUUUCUCCCGUUGCACACCGAGUGGGGUGUGCGGGUGUGAGCGUGGCUACACGGAGGUGAUGACUGCGCACGGUUUCCUGGACUACUGCACCAGAACUCCGGGCGCGGACCACAAGAAGGCCGACGUGAAGACCAACUCCGGGAGGUUCCGACCGGGACCGCCACACACCCAGGACUUCUUCAGUGAGUGGUCUUUGCGACCCGUGGGCCCAGAUGGAAGACUUAGGCUGUGGGUUUACGGCGUCACUGCGGUUGGAUUCAUCCUAAUACUGUUUGUAAUUACUGUAUCAUUCCUGCUCUGUAAACCCUUCAAGCCCCCCAAGUCGUCCUCCCCGCCCCAGAAGGCGCUGACCCUGGCCUACGACGGCGACGCCGACAUGUGACCCCGCCUCUCGUUCACCU